AUGGCCGCCAAUCAAUCCAAUCAUCUAAACCGCCAGGAGAUCGACCGGGUGCUGGGGCUUAAACGCAAGAAGCAACGUGAGCAAAGAGCCUGCUACCCCUGUCGCCAACGCAAGGUGAAAUGCGACAGCACCCAGCCGUGCAAGACCUGCCGGCGGCGCGAACAUCCGGAGAUCUGCGCGUACGAUGUAGAAGAAUCCACCUCCCGGAGUCUGGCAGGGGAGGAGAGCUUCAAUCCUCCGUCCGGAAUGACCACCUGGGCGUCUGGGCCGGAUGUGACACAGCAGUCGGCGGUGCCGUCGGGAUCGCAAAUGGAAGGAUCUUUUGCAACACCUCAGCCGCCGAGCUCGCAACUGCGUCCUCCGGAUCAGACUGCGAGUGCUUUGCAGGGAAACCAGUCGUCAGAUGGACCGGAGAACGAGUAUAUCUAUUCGGGCGAUAACUCGGUCGUUUCGAUUGUGCGCAAUCGAACGCAUGACGCCAGCGGGUCGAUCGCCCACGAGGUUGGCUCCGUCCUUGGCCUGCAGAAUACCUACAGUAGCUAUCCUUUUAUGGACCCCAAGACGCCAGAGGAACGGUGGAAGGAGCUGCUGCGGAUUAUCCCUCAGCGGACAGAGGUGCUGAAGUUCUUUCAUUUCUACCGUCUUUCAGCCUACCCGUUCAACCCGAUCUUGGUUGAUAUUGAACGGUUCGAGGUCGAUUUGUGUACAUACCUCAAUGCAUACGCGUCUGGGGAGUUCCGAGAAGGUUCCCAGAUAUCCGACAAAUGGGCCACGGAUCGAUCGAUCGGGCAUAUUAGCUUAUUGCUUGCCACGUUGGCUGCGGGUGCUCAUUAUUCUGAUUUGGAGCAUGCGCAGCGGACAGAGAUCUGCCACGACUUUGCCCGUCGGUCGUUCCAGGCUCUGCGCCUGGCCAACUUUCUCUUCCGACCGACGAUGGACGUCAUCCAGACCAUGUUGAUCGUGGGAAACACUCUGCAGAAUAAUGGCCAGUCGGAAGCGGCAUGGGCUCUGCUUGGGACGACCGUUCGAUUGGCUCAGACGCUGGGUCUGCACACGGAGAAAAGUACCGCGCGGCUGCCUGGAUAUAUCCAAUUGAAAGCACGGAAAUUAUGGUUCACGGUUGUUUGGCAAGAUAGCCUGCUUUGCUUGUGCUACGAUCGACCUCCCGUCGUUUCUAUUACCGGGUGGACGCCGGAUAACACAAUUUUCAAUCGACUAGACCUGUCCUUUACUGAAAUCAUGCACUACAUGUGUCGGAUAGCCCUGGAGCUCACCACUAGCGAAGACCGGGACGUGCAGGAGGUCACUCGCGCACUGGAUAUGCUAAACUCCUUGGAUGAGGUCUUCCAGCGUGCCCAACCGCAUCUACGCCGUCGCGAGGACUGCCGAACGCUGCAUCAAAAUCUAGAGCAUCUGGCCCUGAAAAUGCACCUGUCGCUAGCGAGCUCGGUGUUAAGUCGACCGGCACUCAAACGCUCUCAUGUGCGGGAGCCAUUGUAUGAGAUUCUCCGGGAGCGAGCCAAGAUUAGCUUGGUCGACGCAUCCAAAGCAUUCUUGGAGUUUCAGGCCCUGAGCAUCGUGCCGCUGCGCAGCUGGUCGAUGGUGCACACAGUGCUCAGCUCGACCUUGCUGCUGUGCAUCUGGGAAGAAACCCGGAACGAUGCAGAAUGCCGCGACCUGCAGCAACGAGUGAUCGAGGUGUUCUCUGCCGCCGGGUCGGUGGGAAGCGUGGGCAACGCUGCCUCGCAGAAUGGCCAGUGGCUGUCGGAACGGCACAUCCGGGCCUUGAUUACGCUGCGCAAUGCGGUGGGCAACGCCUUGGACCAGGCCCGGGAACACGGCAAUCCCGGUGAAAAUCACUUGGAAGCCUUGUUUCCAGAAAACCAGCUUUUCCCUGUGUUUCCGGAGGGUUAUGGAUCGUUGGACCAGACAGGAGUCUCGCCGAUCUCAUACCUGGACUCGAUCAUGAACGUGCCCCUUUUCGAUUUCUCGCAGGAAAACGGGUUUCUGUGA